GGAGGCCACCGUCCGCAAGCCGGGAGUUCCUGGGGACACAAAAUGGCGGUUAAUUUCGGAUCGUGUUAUUUUACUCUCUCAGGAUUUUCUUUUGUUCAGUUACAUACCCCCUUCCUUCGACUCGCGCACAGCACACCUGCUUGUUACUUUUCUUCCACUGCUCAUGCAUCAAAAAGCGAACUGGUCCUAGAUUUGAGAAUCGAUAGGCGUCUAAUUCCUCUUGCGCUGGUCGCCCUCUACCCUGUGCUUCUAACUGCUCUUUUGAAAACGGCUCUUUCCAAAUCAACAGGGAGAGAAAAAAGAGGGGUUCAGCAAACCAACAAGUCAUGGGGGACGCCGAUGCACAAAUUCUCUUGCGAUAGGAUCAUCGGGAUUCUUCUACAUGACGAUGGAUGUGUUUUAUGUGAACAAUUUGCGGCGCUACAAACUAUGCACGACAUACUUGCAUCGCAUGGGAUUUCAGUCAUGUUACCUUCAUUUCCCAGUUCGGAAGAGGGAGAGGGAGCCGAGCCGGCCCGAUAGCUCAG